GAAACGAAGGAGGACUUUCAGGCUUGCCAUUGGAAUUGGCGGGAGCCGACGAAGCUCCUGGAAUUGAGCCGGAGCCCAUUGAGACGACCGGUGAAGAAGUUGAGGAAGAGAACGAGUGCGAGCCUGAGGAGACAGUGGAAGAGGAGCCGGACGAAGAGUCCCCUGCCCCGGAGGAGAGAUCCGACAUGGCGCCGAAGCGGGCGUUGAGACGGCCAGCAGUGGCGCCCCGGGCGCCCCGCAUCCGAGCCCGGCCAGCUGGGCGAGUGGAGGAAAUGGACGACUGGCAACCGGCUGCAGAGGUGAAUGUUUGGGAGGUGAACUCCUGGUCAGCUAUCCUGGUACAAGGCCUGUAUUGGGACAACAAUGCAGAGUUGAUCGGAGUGUCAAAGGGAGUCGAGGUGAACUCGGAGGGCACUUGGAUUUCAUUGGAGGCUCACGGAACGACAUCGGA